AACAAAUCUUUAUCGCUUAUUGUAUGGACAUUUUUAUGUAAAGAUAAUGUGAUGAUGACCACUUUGGAACAAGGUACUUCCGGAACAGUAAUAAAUCAAGAGUCAUAACCUAUUUACUCUCCGGGUAGUUAGACUGCGUGUUGGUUUGUCGACGAAAGUUGAUAAAUUUUCGAAUGUUGGAAAAAUGUGCGGCUGUGACUGAGUGACGAUUUGGGUAUAGUUUAUUAGGAAAGUAUUUGGUUUAAGUAAAUUGAGAAAUUACGGAGCUUCCUUUGUGCAGUCGUAGGCGGCUGCUAUUAUGGCUUAAUUUUGAAACUUGGAGUGCAGUUUUUAAUGUGUGCGGCGGCAGUGGUGAGAUAAUCACAAGUGAUGGAUCGAGGGCGUUCCGUAGAGAAAGAAAAGCACCCACGGGAAACGACAAAUAUUAUUUCAAAGUUUUCGUUCUUUUACAUUAUCGCACUUUUCAAAAAAGGCUACACCAAAGGCUUGGAAUACGAUGACGUCUACGACGUCCUAAACACCUGCCGAUCUAACGAAUUAGGCAACCGACUGGAACAAGAAUGGCAAAAGGAAAAAACCAAACACAAAAAACCCCUACUUUUCCGCCCCCUUCUAUUCUGCUUUGGCAAAACUUUCAUAACCCUUGGAGUCAUACAACUAGUGGUCAAACUAAUCAUAACAGUUUGGUCACCCCAUGCCCGGUCAAAACUCAUCUCGUAUUUCAGCCCAGACCAAACCGACCUAACCAAAAGCGAUGCCAUUAAUUUCGCCUGUAUAGUAAUAGGACUCAACGUUUUCAGCAUACUCUUCUUCCACAAUUUCCGCCUGUAUGUUUUAGCACUAGGACUUGGAGUAAAGGCGGCUGUGUCAUCUUUAUUGUAUCGAAAAUCGCUGAAAUUAAAUUGUGAAACUCUGUCUCAAGUGACGGUGGGGAAAAUCACCACUGUCAUUAACAGAGAUGUGGAAAUUUUUCAACAGUUUGUUAGUCAAGGCAACGAUAUGUGGAUCGCGUUAGUCCAGACUUUCAUGAUCUGCUAUCUAGUAUACAACAAAAUCGGGAUAGCGUCGUGGGCCGGAAUCACCUUUUUCUUCGUAGUUUUGCCCCUGCAAAUGUACAUCGGAAAGCUAGCUUACAACUAUCGUUUGAAAUGUAGCAUCAAAACCGACGAGCGGCUUGAAAUCACCCAAGAAGUCCUAUCAGCCAUCAAGAUCAUCAAAAUGUACACUUGGGAGAAAUACUUUGAAAGAAAAAUCUGCGACGCUCGAAAAGCCGAGUUGCAAAAACUCCACAAACUCUUCUACAGCCGCGUCCUCAUCAACGUAAUCGGGCGCAUCUGCUCCAGAAGCGCCUUCUUCAUCUUCCUCAUGACCUACGUCUGGAUGGACAACACCGUGACUGCAGAAACCGUCUACUACAUCUUAAGCUGCUUCGAGGACCUUCAAACCUCGCUCAGUAACAGCAUACCCUCUGGAUUUUCCAAAGCAGCGGAAGUCUACGCUGUGAUCAAAAGAUGCGAGAAGGUCCUCAACUGUGAAGAAAUGCCUCUGAAGUGUGAAACCAGCGAAAUAGUGUGUCCCCAAAUCGUGUUGUCCAACGUAUCCGUCAAAGUUUGUGGAAGAACAGUCCUUGAUAAAAUUUCCAUUGAUAUCAAUCAAGGUCUUAAUAUUGUUGUAGGACCAGUAGGGGCCGGAAAAUCUACUCUUCUCAAGGCAAUUAUGCAAGACUGCGAAAUGUCGGGGAACGUUCGAGUACUCGGGAGCAUCUCGUACGCGUCCGAAGAACCCUGGCUUUUCCCAUCGAGUAUCAAAAACAAUAUUCUUUUCGGGGAAGAGUACUGUGAGAAGCGGUACGAAGAAAUCUUGAAGAUUUGUAGUUUGGAUUACGAUCUGGAGUUAAUCGAUGGAGGGGAUAGCACGGUUGUGGGUGACCGUGGUGUCAACUUGAGCAAAGGUCAACAAACGAGAGUCAAUUUAGCUAGGGCUUUGUACAAAAAUAGCGAUAUCUAUCUGUUAGACGAUUCUUUAGCGUCCUUAGACGCUCACGUCAGUGACCACAUUUUCAAAGAGUGUAUCCAGAAGUUCUUAAAAAACAAAAUCUGUGUUUUUGUUACCAAUAACCUGGAUUAUAUUCAAGAAGCCGACAAUAUUAUCAUGGUAGAUGACGAUUCGUUCAGUUGUAGCCACAAUUUUGAUAAGAAGAAAUUGAUUGAUAGUGGGGAGUAUCUGAUUGAUAAUAUCAAAACUGAAGAAUUAGUGGCUAGGGCUCCGGUUUAUCACGAAAUUAAAAACCCGGGGAAAGUUAGUCUUGCUGAUUAUUACAACUACGUGUCUUACGGUGGCGGGGUUAUCACUUUUUGUUUGAUAAUGGCUUUGUUCACCGCCUAUCAAGGGGCAUCAAGUUACAGCGAAAAGCUACUAAGCAACUGGGUAACCCUUGAACAAAAUGUAUCAACUUUGAAGACAAUCAACCUGACGAACACUCCCGAGUAUGAGCAAAUCUACGAAGAAAGAACUAACAGUCUUACGUUAUAUAGCGCCAUGUUUGCUAUCGCCAUCGUGUUAUAUUUAGUCAGCAUUUUCACUUAUUUCUUUUUCAUAAAAACAGCCUCCAAGAAUCUCCAUAAAGCCAUGUUGAAGACCAUAAUGAACGCCACGAUGAAGUUUUUUGAUAACAACUUCAUAGGUAACGUGUUGACUCGAUUUUCCAAGGACUGCGUGACCGUGGAUGAAUACUUACCCUUUGUCUUAAUCGAGUGUCUUUUGAUGAUUUUUGUAGUGUCCGGAGGGGUUAUUUUACUAACUUCGGUUAAUAUAAUCUUUCUAGUGGGUUUCUUCAUUCUGCUGGGUGUGGCCUAUUUGAUAAAACACUACUGCCAACCCACCGGGCGCAACCUUCAAAGACUUCACGUGAUGGCCAGAUGUCCCAUGGUGGGUCAUGUCAAUUCGUCCCUCACCGGUUUAUCAACAAUCAGAGCCAGCAAUGCCCAGGACAUGAUUAUCAAAGAAUUUGAUAGAUAUCAAGACCAAUUCACUUCGGCUCACUACAUGUUGGACAAUAGCUUGAUCGCUUUGUCUUUCAGUCUCGAACUAUUUUCAGCUCUUUUCAUCACUUCUAUCAUCGUCCAGUUUUUGGCCACGGAUUUCGGUCCUAGUGUCGGCGAUGUUGGUCUAGCCAUAAACCAAGCUUUCGCUAUCAGUGAAAUCAUAUCAAACGGCAUCCGCGUGAUCGCAGACACCGAGAACUUGAUGACUUCCGUUGAAAGAAUUCUAGAGUACGUGCGACUAGAGCAGGAAGACAAACACGGCAGCUUCAUAGACCACUGGCCAACCACCGGUGCCAUAGAUUUCGCCAACAUCUCGCUCAACUACGGUGGAAAAAAAGACAUGUUGAAAGACAUCAGUUUUAAAAUCAACCCCAAAGAAAACCUAGGAAUCGUGGGUCGAACUGGAGCCGGCAAAUCGUCUAUAAUUUCAAGCUUGUUGCGUCUGUAUCAAAUCAACGGAACGGUGACGAUCGACGGAAUUGAUACCAAAAUCGUGUCUUUGAAGUGUCUGCGCAGCAGUAUUUCUGUGAUCCCGCAGGACCCGUUCUUGUUUUCUGGAACGAUCAGGGAUAAUUUGGACCCGUUGAACAAGUACACGGAUGAUCAGAUAUGGCAAGUUUUGUCGGAGUUGAGGUUGAAGCAAGUGAUAGGUGAUCUCGGUUUGGUUGUUGAUAAAGGGUCGACUUUGAGUUCUGGUCAGAAGCAACUGCUUUGUCUCGCGCGUGUUAUUCUUCGCAAGAACAAGAUCAUUAUUUUGGAUGAAGCUACAGCAAAUGUGGAUCAGGAGACGGAUAGAAUGAUACAUGACGCCGUAUGGAAAAAUUUUGCCGAAUCUACGGUGAUAACGAUAGCUCAUAGAUUGUUGUCUGUUUUGGAUUGUGAUAGAGUCAUUGUGAUGAAGAAUGGGCAAGUUAGUGAGUGUGACCAGCCGCAAAUUAUGUUACAAAAUAAAAGUAGUUUCUUCCAUUCUAUUGUUAAAUAAAGACGUCAUACUA